CCGGGCAGCCCUCCAGCCUACCUGCACGCCUUCACUCAUAGCUCUCACUCCCUUUUUUUUUCCAUUUUCUCUCUCCUCUCUCUAACCCACAAAACCCCACGAAGAAAGGAGGGAGAGGAGAGAGAAAAUCUUAGUUUUUUUUUAAGAGAGAGAAACAAGAUUUUAGAGAGAGAGGAAAAGGUGUGCAGAGGACAAAAGGUGUUGCAAAAAAGAAAUGCUGAAUUUGAAAGUAGAAUGAAUGUCACUUUUCUGGGUUUAAUUUUGUGAGAUCAAUCUUUUAUAUUCUGGGUUUUUGUUUUCUUUUUCAGUGAGCUAAAUUAUUAUAGGAUAACAAUGCUGGAAGUGGGAAAUUCUUGUUUUUGAUUUUUUUUUCAUAAUUAGUGGGUGUUUAAUAUUUUGAGCUGUUUUUUAGGGUUUUUAUUUUUUUUGUUGAUUUUUUAGGAUUGAAAAAAAAUGUUGGAUUUUUUUGUUGGGUUUUUGGAUCUAAGGUGAUUUAGAAGAUACGAAAGAGUCAUGUGGGUAAAGGUGUUAACUUCUCUUUUGUGUCUAUUUAUCUCAUUCAGGGUCAUUUCUGCUAAUGUGGAAGGGGAUGCUCUUCAUAGUUUGAGAAGCAACUUAGAAGACCCUUACAAUGUCUUGCAAAGCUGGGAUCCCACCCUUGUGAACCCCUGUACAUGGUUUCAUGUCACUUGCAACCCUGAUAACAGUGUUAUCAGAGUAGAUCUAGGAAAUGCUGCAUUGUCAGGUCAACUGGUGCCAGCUCUUGGCUCACUGAAAAAUCUUCAGUACUUGGAACUCUACAGUAACAAUAUAAGUGGGCCAAUACCUAGUGAGCUGGGUAAUCUGACAAAUUUGGUCAGUUUGGAUCUCUAUUUGAACAGUUUCAGCGGUCCAAUACCUGAGUCGCUUGGCAGGCUAUCGAAGUUGCGCUUUCUUCGGCUAAACAACAAUAGUCUGACAGGCGCCAUUCCAAUGUCCCUGACAAAUAUCACCUCACUGCAGGUUUUGGAUCUAUCAAACAAUCGCCUUUCUGGACCUGUUCCAGACAAUGGUUCCUUUUCCUUGUUUACUCCGAUAAGUUUUGCUAAUAACUUAAAUCUAUGUGGCCCUGUCACUGGCCGGCCAUGUCCUGGAUCUCCACCUUUUUCACCGCCACCUCCUUUCAUACCACCACCACCCACUAGUUCUCAAGGUGGUGUUAGUGCCACGGGAGCAAUUGCUGGAGGAGUUGCUGCUGGUGCUGCUUUACUAUUUGCUGCCCCUGCUAUCUUAUUUGCCUGGUGGCGACGUAGAAAGCCGCAAGAGUACUUCUUUGAUGUGCCUGCUGAGGAGGAUCCGGAAGUUCAUUUGGGACAGCUUAAAAGGUUUUCUUUGAGAGAGCUGCAAGUUGCUACUGAUAGUUUUAGCAACAAAAAUAUACUUGGCAGAGGAGGUUUUGGUAAGGUGUACAAAGGACGCCUUGCUGAUGGAUCAUUGGUUGCUGUCAAACGCCUCAAGGAAGAACGUACUCCUGGUGGUGAGCUGCAAUUUCAAACUGAAGUCGAGAUGAUCAGCAUGGCUGUGCACCGUAAUUUGCUCAGACUGCGUGGAUUUUGCAUGACACCAACUGAACGCUUGCUUGUUUACCCCUACAUGGCUAAUGGGAGCGUUGCCUCCUGUUUACGAGAGCGUCCACCGAAUGAACCGCCACUUGAUUGGCCGACACGCAAGCGAAUUGCUUUAGGAUCUGCUAGAGGACUUUCUUAUUUGCAUGACCAUUGUGACCCGAAGAUCAUUCAUCGAGAUGUAAAAGCUGCCAAUAUAUUAUUGGAUGAAGAGUUUGAAGCUGUUGUUGGGGACUUUGGUUUGGCUAGGCUGAUGGACUACAAGGACACUCAUGUAACUACAGCUGUACGUGGGACCAUAGGACAUAUAGCUCCUGAAUAUCUAUCUACUGGAAAAUCCUCAGAGAAAACUGAUGUAUUUGGGUAUGGGAUCAUGCUUCUCGAGUUGAUCACUGGACAGCGAGCUUUCGAUCUUGCUAGACUUGCGAAUGAUGACGAUGUCAUGUUGCUGGAUUGGGUCAAAGGACUUCUGAAAGAGAAGAAAUUGGAAAUGCUUGUUGAUCCAGAUCUUCUAACUAAUUACAUCGAGGCAGAAGUUGAACAGCUCAUACAAGUUGCUCUUCUUUGCUCGCAAGGAAACCCGAUGGAUCGACCUAAAAUGUCGGAGGUUGUAAGGAUGCUUGAAGGUGAUGGCUUGGCAGAGAGGUGGGAUGAAUGGCAAAAGGUUGAAGUUCUUCGGCAAGAGGUGGAUUUGGCUCCUCACUCUAACUCAGAUUGGAUUGUUGAUUCAACUGACAAUCUGCAUGCUGUUGAAUUAUCUGGUCCUAGAUGAUUGAUAUAUCGGAAAGAAAUUUAAUUUCAUUACUCUUUUUUCUCAUUAUAUUUUUUUACUUCUAUUAUUAUAGUUUUUUUUUUUUGUUUUCUUUCCUCUUUAGGCGUGUGCUUGUAACUGGUAAAGUCAUCCUGAGUGCCUAUUUUGGGCUUAAUAUUGAUUUGUGUAUAUGGAUGGACCUGAUUUGGAGGGGCAAUUUCUGUGGAAGUUGCAUUUUGUUAUGCGACUGUAUUGUGACCAUCUGACAGAAGUGAUUCGAAAAAGAAAAUGUAAAUUCUGCAAAAUUUUGUUAUA